AUGGUACUCUUUGGACAACUGAUGGUGAUAGCAGCAGCUAAAAGAUGUCAUCCUAACCAACUACACUCAAUAUGCAUUCAGGAUAGAAUCAUCCAGCAAGAUAAAGACCGAUUAAGUUCUUUAUCGUCCUGGUUGAAAUUCAGCACAAUAUGCUCACCCUUCCCAUUUCAUGAUACUCUUGUUGAUGUGAUAUUGAGUAUUGUAUAUAAGGUGGCGGGCAACUUGACUCAGCCGCUACAUUCGCCCACUGUAUUUCCAGUGUGUCGUCUCCAGAGUAGUAAUAUUUGUGUUGGAUUUUGA